CUGCUCUGGACACCUGUGGAGCCGGAAGUGGCCCUCAGAGCCGGGUGGGUCCAGAUGAGCGCCCUCUCCUCAGCAGGGAGCCGCUCAGCUUCACAGCUCCAGAGUGAAGCUUUCUCACCUGAUGAGCUCCCAGUCCGUUGAUAGACCAAACAAAGGCCUCUUUAAUCCUGUGGGGGUAGUUUGAAAAGAAAAAGAGAGAGAGAAAAAGAUCAGAACCGAGUCCAGCUCACGCGUUUGGAGCGGAUUUUACGCAGCGUCUUUUUACGCACGCAGUUCCUUUUUCUUGGAGUUUCUCUGCUGAAGGGAGGCGGGUCAGUGUAAAAGCUCCCCCCCUCCUCGGGCUUCUGGGCUCAGAUUUUAUGGGACCUGAGAAAGAGGAGCGAGUUUUUUUCUUCUUCUUCUUUCUCUUCUCCACAAAGCUGCGCUGGAAAAUGGACCGUGUGCCUUUAAGGCGCCCGACUGCCUGUCGCUUUGUGCUGUGGAGAGACUGACGCCCUGUGGACACAGUGGACAGAAACACCAUCCUGGAGAAGUUCAAAGUGAAAACAACCUCAGUCCUCCUUAAAGAAGACAACCUGAACACCUCCUAACUGCGCUGUGGUAUUUCUCAGUUGGAUGCCGGUGUGAGCCACCAGGAUGGGGCCUGCUCAGCUGAUCCUCCCCACCACAGCAGCCCUCCUCUUCCUCCUGUCAGGACUGUCCCCGACCUCCGGCUGCAACAAGGCCCUCUGCGCCAGCGACGUCAGCAAGUGUCUCAUCCAGGAGCUGUGCCAGUGUCGCCCGUCUGAUGGGAACUGUUCCUGCUGUAAAGARUGCAUGUUGUGUCUGGGAAACCUCUGGGAGGAGUGCUGCGACUGCGUGGGGAUGUGCAACCCCAAGAACUACAGCGACUCCCCCGCCACGUCGAAGAGCACGGUGGAGGAGCUGCACCACCCCAUCCCCUCGCUGUUCCGCGCCCUGACGGAGGGCGAGGCGCCCAUCAACAUGAUGGUGGUGUCCUUCCCCGUGUCCGAGGAGCUCUCGCACCACGAGAACCUGGUGUCCUUCCUGGAGUCGCUCGACAGCCAGCACCAGAACGUGUCGGUGCCCGGCAACAGCAUCCACACCAGCUACGACAAUCAAGAAAACAUGUGCACGGUGGUCUACUUCGACGACUGCGUGUCCAUCCGUCAGUGUAAGCUCUACUGUGAGUCAAUGGGAGGAUCAAAGUACCGCUGGUUUCACAACGCCUGCUGCCAGUGCAUCGGGCCRGAGUGCGUGGACUAUGGCAGCAAGGCUGUGAAGUGUCUGAACUGUUUGUUUUGAAAGGCGGUGGUGCAGCGGCGACAUGUUGGUACCAAAUGUCUGGGCUGAACCGGAGGACUGAGGGCAGAGGCACACAUGACUGUCGUAUGUUAGCAUUCCUCUAAAUCUAACCCCUUACAAAAUGUUUUUACUCUGCCGUUCCACUGUAUAUUUUAAGACAUGAUUCAAUAGUGUGUGGGGUUUUUUUUUACUAGAAAUGUAUAUGAGUAAUGUAUUUUUGCAUUUAUAUUCUGCUAAAUCUCAGUCUUGUGCCAAAUAAAGAAAAUAUUUGGUA